AUGUCGGCGGGCGGCGGGCACCGCGACGACGGCCUCGCGUCGCCGUCGCCGCCGCCCCCCUCCGCACCCCACCUGCUCGAGGUCACCGUCAUCUCCGCGCAGGACCUGCACCGCCGCUUCGGCCGCCGCGUGCGCGCCUACGCCGUGGCCUGGGCCGACGGCGCGCACAAGCUGCGCACCGGCGUCGACCUCGCCGGCGGAGCCGACCCGACGUGGAACGACAGGUUCCUGUUCCGCGUCGACGGCGCCUUCCUCCGGUCCGACACGGCCGCCGUCACCGUCGAGGUGCGCGCCGCGCGGAGGUUCGGCGGCGACGCUGUCCUCGGCCUGACGCGGCUCGUGGUGAGCACGUUCGUCGGACCGUCGGGGUCAGCGGCAGCUGCGUCCGCCGCGCGAGGGACAACCGGCAGACAGGUGGCGGCGCUGCAACUCCGGCGCCCGCGUUCGCUCCGGCCUCAGGGCAUCGUGAACGUGGCGGUGGCGCUGCUCGACACCACCGACGCGCACACCGCGCCGCUCUCUCCCGACUCCCCGGACGCGUUCUCCGUGAAGGACCUCCUGGUGAAGAGGCCCGGGUCGCUAGCCAGGAUCGCCGAGGUGAGCGAAUCGGAGGAGGCCGACGAGCCGCCGGCGGCGCUCGUCGAACACUCCGGGCCGAUGGACGCGAGGGGCUCCGCCGUGGAGCAGAGGAAGCUGGAGCUGACGCUGGAGAAGUGGAAGGCUGACCUGUCGCCGGACCAGAAGGCGAACCACCGCCGCCGCAGCGGGUCGCGGAGGCGGCGGCGGCGGAGCUCCUGCUUCGGCGGCGGCGCUGAGCGGGAGAGGUGAUGAACUUGAUGAUCGCAUCAGCCUACGCUUUCAGGAUGAUAGUUAUUCUCUGCUGCGUUUAAGCAGCAGGACAGAAUAAAAGGCUGCUCAGUUAGUCCUAAAUUGUACAAGAAACUGAAGAUUUUUGUAAGAUGUAGUAGCUGUUAUAAGCUCUCUGGAAAAUAUUUGUGAGGGACAAACACGUCUGUUUACUGCUCCAUCGGUCGUGAAAUAAAA